CCUCUCACGAAUUUUCCCCCAAAACCCUCAAUCCGCCCAUCUCCAUCUCCCCGGAGUCACCCCAAUUGAGCCUCUACCAGCCAUUCAAAAUGCUCAUCCAACUCUCCAGGGCUACGCGCGCUCGCUCCGCCGUUGCGGCUGUUUCUCGUGUCGCCAGACCCAAUGCCGUCCAGGUGAGGGGCUUCAUUGCUCCUACCGUCUCCAGGAAAGCCGAUUUUGUUCAGGAGCUUUACCUUAAGGAGCUCAAGGCCUACAAGGUCCCCGUCGUCAAGGAGUCCGAUGCCGAGGGCAACGUCCAGACUUUCAGCGUCCCCAAGACCCCCGCUUCCCCCGAGGAGACCGACCUCGCUGGCAACCUGAAGGAGUACGAGAGCAUGGCCGUUGAGAUCGAGGGUCAGGACACCUCCGCUCAGUCUGCCGGCGCCCCCAAGGUUGCCGACUGGCUCGAGGCUGAGGAGGAUGAGGAGCCUCACCACUAAGCGGUUUAUUUUCUCUCUCCAUUACCAUAUGAGGGUGGCUCAUAAAACUAUCUGUACCGCAGCAAUUUUUCGGGGGUGUCUCAUUUCUCACCGCCCAGCUGCCGUUACUUGGGGAUAGCAAAAAGAGGGAGGGCUGACACUAAAACUCAGCCCGGGGAUGAAGAGCCGGAAGCGACCAGGAAGGAGCUGAAGCAAGUGGAUUGUGGACGAGAAUCCUGUGUACAUUUUUCCUAAAAUACAGCCUUCGGUUGCCUGUAGGAACUAAUUGCGAAAUGCCAACGUUAAAUGAAGCUCAAGCAAACUUUUACUAUUAACUACUG